CUCGUGUGCACUUCCUCUUGUUUCGUCACAUUCAGUUUUGUACCCUUUAUUCUUACAAGAGUAGCUGAUCCAAGCCGUUGCUACCACCCAAGGUUCGAUCACUGCCCUUCAGCUAUCACUGCAUUACCAUCUUAGCCCUCUAGGUUCAAGCAUCUUACAGCCCUAGGACCACUUCAUCCAUCUUAGCAAUCCCAGGAUCAGCCGGUUUAGUCCCAGAAUCCUCCAUCUUGCAACCCAGUGCAUUCGCCUAAUCAUAGGCUUUAUCCCCGUCGUUUAUCCCUUCAGUUAACGCUCUAUUCUCCUUCCAUAUCUCUUUGAUGCCCCGUAGACCUAACAUCGACGCGAUUGAGUUUCUCAAAGGCCGUGUGUACCUCGGUGCGUACGAGCAUACGCCCCAAAACACGCACGAGGCGGUGUACUUCACGGUCGAGAAAACCCUCCCGUACAACCCAUUUCACUUGGACUUCGGUCCGCUCCAUAUCGGUCAGCUCUACCGCUUCGCAGUACAACUCCACCACAUCCUCAACGACGACGCAAACCAGGGCAAGGCGGUUGUGCUUUACUCUAGCACGGAUGCGCGUGCGCGUGCGAACGCCGCCUGCCUCCUCGCGGGCUACAUGGUACUCGUACAGUCAUGGGCACCGCACCAGGUGUUACAGCCGCUUGCGCAGUGCGACGCUCCAUUCAUGCCGUUCCGCGAUGCGGGGUACUCGCAUGCGGACUUUGAAAUGACCAUCCAGGACGUGGUGUACGGCUUGUGGCGCGCAAAGGAGCGCAACAUGCUCGACCUCACCAGCUUCAACUUGGAGGAAUACGAGCGCUAUGAACGGGUCGACCAGGGCGACUUCAAUUGUGUAUCCAAGGACUUUAUUGCGUUUGCCUCGCCGCAGCAAAGCCGCCCUGGUGCUGCCUUGAACGAACCUUUCCGUAACGUCUUGGAGUACUUCACCUCCAACGAUGUCCAGCUAGUGGUGAGACUCAACUCCCAUCUUUACGAUGCAGUGGAGUUCACAAAGCGCGGUAUCCAGCACAUCGACAUGAUCUUCGACGACGGAACGUGUCCGACCAUGGAAUACGUCCACCAGUUCGUAGGGGCCGCUGAAACCGUCAUUCACAACGGGGGCAAGAUUGCAGUGCAUUGCAAGGCGGGCUUGGGCCGCACGGGCUGUCUCAUCGGCGCCCACUUGAUCUAUACCCAUGGUUUUACGGCCAAUGAGUGCAUCGCGUACAUGCGGAUGGUCCGCCCCGGGAUGGUUGUCGGUCCACAGCAGCAUUGGUUGUACUUGCAUCAAAACGAGUUCCGCAACUGGCGUCACACGAUGUGUCUCGAUAAUGUGGGGGAUCCGUUUAUUGGCGGCUUGUUUCCGUUGGUGUCGUACGAGGACUUCAAGAAGCGCAUGCGCGCACUCCGCAAGCAGAAAGAUGCGGCGGAGCAGCAAGCAAGAGAAGCACACGAACUGAUGAUGAACGAUGAAAACUAUAUGGAAAACACGGCUGAGAUUACCUUUACCCCUGUUCGCCGGCGGGUUCUGGGUGCCCAGAUGCAGUUCACCCAGAAGGCCGUGCCCAGUCAGUCACCGAUUCAGCCAAGAAAGAACUCACCGACCAGGGUGUCACACUCCGACAGCCAGUACGCGAUGAACAACUCAGAUCAUGAGGAUUACGAUGUGAACGAGAUUCUUGCGUCCCCUCAGAAGCGUAUCGGGUCCAAUGCCAGCUACGUGGAAGAAGGUACGCCACAGCGUGCAGCGUCUGAGUUUACCAGCACGCCACGGCGCUCAGCGAACUUAACUGGCUCCCCGCCGCAUGGCAAGGUGUUGCGCUCCAUCACCAACCCCCAUGAGGGGAUUUCCUUGACUCGUACCAAAACAACUACGACCACUACGACGUUUGUGGCGUCGCCACCGGGAUCAGAGAGUUACAAGGAUGCUUUACCAAAGCGUACUGCCAGCACCGCUGCGUCGCGUAUGAAAAACAGGCUUGUGAGUAAUCAGGUGAGCGACAGAGUGCCGAGCGGAGGGAUCCGUAAGGUCAGUCAAGGCAGGAGGUAGCACUAAAAUCAUAGGCGCCGAGACAUUGGAAUGUUUUGGCUUAAAAAAAACAGGGCUCUGAGUCACUCCAAAAGAUACUUUGAAUAUGCCAGAUGCAUUAAGAGAUAAAUUGAGAACUUAGGUGG